CCAGCCGGUCACCUGCUUCUCGCGCAUCGGCACAGCUGUCCAGCGUGCGGCACCCGAAAGAGCGCAGAAGACGCCCGUACAGGCCAAGGCGCGCGCAAGAUGAGCCUCGUGGUCGGCGACCUUGACAAUGACGGCGAGGGAGAACGCAUUGUCAUCGAGCCUUAUCACUCCUCGUCAGUGCUGAGCUCAGAGACUGCGCUGCUGUUUCUCUCCGUGGCCAUCCUGGCUGCGGUGACGGCCUGCUGCUGGUGCGGCUUCUUCGUUGCCUCAAAGCGGAAGCGGCUCUCCACCUACCUUCGCCAGCUACACGCGCCAUCCGAAGUCUCGACAUCGGCAGAAGCCGAGGCCAAGACGCCACCGCGGCCGUCGCCGGCCCACAGCCUAGUUUACGCGCAUUACCUGCAGCCGCACCUGAACGCCGGUACCCCACCUCUUCCGCCGCUACCCCAGCUGCAUACGUCCAUGGAAAUGGGCUCUCGGCCUCCGGUCUUCAAGCACAUCCACUAUCCUUACGUCUCGUAGUACAGGCUUGCUCUCUUAAUAUGUGCUAAUGACCGAUCAGUUUUUGGUUUGAUUUUAUCGCCAUUAGUCUCGUUUGUUUGUUCGUUUUUACCACAGCGGCGUGUUUUUAGUGCAUGGCUCUACCAAUAAAAAUAAGGCUCCAUCUGUUCAUUUUUGGAAAACUUGUCCGCCAAAGAAGAGCUGCGCCUAACCAGGCAGGAAGGAGGAAAGAUUUCCUAAUCCAACCGUUCUUACUGUUUAUACCCAAAAUAUUGCCAUCAGGCUCUGCCCGUUUG